AGAUUUUUGUCAAUCCAAAUUUAGAUCGAAAUCACACCUCGGAUUCCGCCUACACACGGUCACCCAAGUGCGCAUUUGAGUUGCUAUGGCCGAGUACCCACCAUUUCAGCUCGGCGGAUCUCGUUUCGACCAGACAUCGUUUGCGGGACGGUUCAGGCACUUUCUGGAUAUCAUCGACCCUAGAACGCUAUUCACUAGCGACAAAAAACUGACAGAAUGCAGGAGUUUGCUUGAGGAAUACAGGGCUGACAGCAUCGGUCCAAAUGUGACCAACAGAGAGCUGUGGGAGGCCCAGAAAGUCGUCCAGGCGAUCAUUCACCCAGACACCGGAGAGGAACUCUUUAUGCCUUUUAGAAUGUCUGGCUUUGUGCCAUUUGGAAUACCCAUCGUUGUUGGACUCCUCCUGCCAAGUCAAGGCUUAGCUAGCAUCGCAUUCUGGCAGUGGAUAAAUCAAAGUCACAAUGCUGGUGUUAAUUAUGCCAACAGGAAUGCGAGCAAGCCGACACCAACAUCAAAGCUAGUUCUUGGUUACGUUGGAGCCACCACGACAUCAGUCGGAAUUGCCGUAUCACUAAAUGCUUUAGUGAGACAAUCGCAGCGCAUGGCACCAACAACACGAGUCAUCAUUCAGCGAUUUAUACCCUUUCCUGCUGUCUCUUUGGCAAGCACGUGUAACCUGGUACUGAUGAGGUAUCACGAAGUCUUCCAAGGCAUUGAAGUCAUGGAUGGUCAGGGAAAGGCAGUGGGAUUGUCAAAGGCAGCCGCAAGAAAAGCUCUCGGAGAGACUGCUUUCACUCGAGCUGUCUUGCCUGCACCUGUACUGCUGCUCACUCCUUUGAUCAUGACAACAUUACACAGAACUCGACUGCUUCGCCGAUAUCCAAAACUCGACUUGCCAUUUCAUGCCGUAGCAGUCGGUCUUUCCUUUUACCUUGCUCUGCCGUUGGCAAUCAGUCUCUUUCCACAAACAGGCCAGAUCAGGAGAUCACAACUGGAGGACAACAUUCGAGAACAAUGCAGUGAUGACGUGCUCUAUUACAAUAAAGGUCUGUGAUGAUCAGAUGACUACCGUAUUUGGAUGAAUAAAGCCCAAUGGGAUACUGUUGUGUCAUUGACUUGGACUUACAGCAAGCACAAUUCGAGCAUGGGGCUCUUAUUUUAGCUACAGGUGCUGCUCUCAAUUUACAAUUACUAAUUAAAUGAAUAGUGUGUAUUAGCCAAAUCAGUGUCUGAAAUUUUAGUAUUUUGCCAUAUUUGUGCCCCAGCUUACAAAAUUGUGUGAUUGCCUGUCUAGCUAUUGUCCUACAUUGCCACAUGUAGUACAAACACAUCCUGCUUGUGAUGGGACAUUGUACACCGUCGGUGCAUUAAUUGAAUACACAAAUAGA